AUGGCUACGUUCGGGUCAGCGCCGCCUCUGUACCAAGUUGCUGCUGCGGGAGCGGGUGCUUUCGUGUUGUAUCUUGCCUGCUUGGCGAUUUAUAGGCUUUACUUCAGUCCAAUUGCCAGAUUCCCGGGGCCGAAACUCGCCGCUGUGUCUUUCUGGUAUGAAUUCUAUCACGAUGUCGUCCGCGGAGGUCAAUACUGCUUCAAGAUAUCGGAACUCCAUGAUCAAUACGGACCAAUUAUACGCAUCAAUCCGUACGAGCUUCACGUUCGCGAUCCAGAUUUCUAUGAAGUCCUGUAUAGCGGACCAGGCCAGAAACGCGACAAAUGGUGGUGGUCCGUCGACAUGUUUGGCAAUUCUUCCUCAGGUUUUGGGACCGUGUCUCAUGACCUCCAUCGACUCCGUCGCAGUGCUUUGAACCCCUUCUUCUCCAAACAGGCCAUUACUCGCAUGGAGCCACUCAUUCGCGAACUCAUUGAAAAGCUGUCUGUGCGUUUCGAGGGAUUUCGCGAGACUGGCGAGCCGGUAGAUGCGCUCCAAGCUUAUGCAGCAUUGACAACCGACAUUAUCACUACCUACUCGUUCAACACAUCUUAUGGAUGCAUCGAGGAUCCCAAUUGGAGAUUCGAGUGGCCUCAGGCAAUGGUUGACAGCACUACCAGCGUGCACAUGAACAAACAAUUCAAAUGGCUAUUUCCUGCCAUGCAAGCCACGCCAGAGUGGAUCGUCGAACGAGCGAACCCAGCUGUCAUGCACCUUAUCAACUUUCAAAAGGAUCUGGCACGACAAAUUAGUGGCCUCAUGCAGGCCGACUCGGAGCAAAAGCUCCCCUCAUCCCAUCGGACAAUCUUCCACGAGUUGAUCAAGGGUGAUCUUCCGGCUGAAGAAAAGACUCUGCAUCGCCUGGUGGAUGAGGGUCAGACUAUGAUUGCAGCCGGCCAAGAAACAACGUCGUUCUUCCUCAAGACCACAUCUUACUAUAUCUUAGCCGACGGCGAAAUUCAUUCAAAGCUCAAAGCCGAGCUGAGGGAAGCUAUUCCAGAUCCAAACUCUAUACCACCACUGGCGAAGUUGGAACAGUUGCCUUAUCUCCAUGCGGUGGUUCAAGAAGGCCAUCGCUUCUCCCACGGUGUUUCAGGACGACUUCAACGCAUCUCUCCUGACAAGCCACUUCGGUGCAACGAGUGGGUAAUUCCAGCCGGGACGCCCGUAUCCAUGACCUCCAUCAUCCAACACACCGAUCCUUCCAAGUUUCCUAACCCACACAAGUUCGACCCUAAUCGUUGGUUGGACAGCCCGGAAAAGGCCGAGAAGUACCUGGUGCCCUUCAGCAAGGGCACCAGGCAGUGUCUCGGCAUCAACCUGGCGACUGCGGAGAUCUAUUUGACGUUGGCGACUGUCUUUAGAAGGUUCAACAUGGAGUUGUAUGAGACGACAGUCAGGGACGCGGAGGUCGCGCAUGACUUCUUCAUUCCACAUGGACAUGCCGAUUCCAAGGGAGUAAGAAUCGUCUUUAAGUGA